AUGUCCACCUCUGCCCAAUUAUCUCCCUCCGAAUACACAGAAUUGUUAGACAAAGCCACUUCGGCCGUUCAGGAAAAACUCCUGUCCUUUGCUGGCACUUCCAUCGAGAAGCCUCGAGUUCUUAUCAUCUGUGGAUCAGGACUUGGAGGCAUUGCUAAUGUAUUGCACGAAGAACCUAGAUUGGAGAUUCCAUACGGAGAUAUUCCAGGGUUUCAGGUGUCUACGGUGCCUGGUCACGCUGGAAAGCUCAUUUUUGGCCUCAUUGGUGAAAAGAAGGUGCCAGUGAUCUGUAUGGUUGGACGCUUGCACUUCUACGAAGGUUACACCUUCCAGCAGACGACUUUCCCAGUCAGAUUGUGCAAGAGAUUGAAUGUGGGCACAGUGGUUGUGACCAACGCUGCUGGUGGUGCAAACGCUGAUUACAAGCCAGGCGAGUUGAUGAUCAUCAACGACCACAUCAACUUUCCUGGUCUCGCAGGUUACCACCCAUUGAGAGGACCUAACUUGGAGGAGUUUGGCCCCAGAUUCCAACCAUUAUCCGAUGCAUACAGCCACCAGUUGCGCAAGUUGUUCUUUGACAAGGCCAAGGAGCUUGGUGUAACCAGAACCAUCCAUGAAGGUGUGUAUUUAUUCGCUGCUGGCCCCACGUUUGAGUCUCGUGCCGAGGUGAGAAUGAUCAGAACGUUGGGUGGAGAUGCUGUGGGCAUGUCUACUGUACCUGAGGUAAUUGUGGCCCGUCACUGCGGAAUGGAGGUGUUGGCACUUUCGUUGAUCACCAACGCAGGAGUCGGAGAAAAGCCACCCAGUGCAUUUGCAGAGAAACCAAAGCCAUUAGACGAAGGCAUGGCAUCGCAUGAUGAGGUGUUAGAAAGCGCCAACGAAGCAUCCAAGGACGUCCAGAAGAUCAUCGAGGCUACCGUUAACGAGUUGUAA